AGGAGUAAUACUGAUCCACAGCUCUUGGGGCUGACCUCCCCUUGGCGGUGGUCUCGCAUCCUCAGCUGCUUGAGCAGAGCUGGGGCCAGGCGCCCUGCUGGGUGCCUGGGAGGCUCUGCUGGCCAACACCUGGCCUGGCUUUGAAAUAGGGGGACCAACCGUCCCCGUUUUAGCACCCAAAGUCUUGCAUCCUAGGGACAGCAGGAGGAUUGGGCAGCCAUGAGCUUCUAAGAACUAUUUCUGAGGCUUCUUGAAGCCUUUCCUGUUGUCUUGAUGCCAUCCUGUGUUAUCUGCCAGAACGUCUGUGUCCCUACAGGGCACUUACCACAGCCUGGGAGGAGGUCCUCACCUUCCUUCCUUCUCUGCCCUACAGACGGUCACCUCCUUAAGUUAGACAGUGGGUCUUUCAUGUUUCUAUUCCAGUAAUAAGUUGCAAGCAGGUGUUCCUUAAAUCUUUACUAAAGGUUUAAAUGGGCAAAGUGGCUACAGGUGUGGGUGUUCCCAAAAACACUUGUUUUGCUUUUAUAGCUGAUUAUUUUAGGGGGAAACAUUUAAUUCUUUCUUUCUAAUUACUUUUUCAUUUAUCCUUGCAGGCUCCACAUACUGGGCUCAAAACGUCUGGUCCAGUGGUUAAAAGCUGUUCACAGGGGUGACUGGACCCCACUAAGCAUUCUUUCGUCUGUACUGAAUAUUUCACCAAAAACAGCUCUAGGAAAGGCUGGAGGAUCAGUACUAUGUGCUCAAGCCAUGGCCACGCCCUCCAUCUUCCACCUGACUGAGACGUGGGGGCUGAAGGCCGCAGCCACCCCAGGAGAAAGGACAUCAGGAAGGCCACCGGGGGCCUGAGGAACAUGCGCGUGAAGCAGAUGGGAAAGGAGCUGCAGGUUCAUUGUGGUCCUUGAGGGAAAAGCUGAGGGCCCAGCCGUGGUCCCGCAGGUGGAAGUAACCGGCUCUGCAGGGUGAACACGCACCCAGUGCCGCCCAGGAAGCUGCCAGUCAGGAUUGGGCGCAGUCUCUGGAAGGAACUCCAGGAGACAGUGUGGCCUCCACAGUAUUAGGCAGCCAAGGAGAUGCAAACACGUCUGCUGUAGAUGCUGGCGAUGAGACCCCCUCUUCCCAGCCAGGGCCUGCUGGGUAAGAGUGGCAUUUCCGUGGAUGACUUUAUCCCUCAGGAUCGGGGCAUGCAGAUUUACUGGCUGGCUUCCUUCUUACAGUUUCUUCUCAGAGCACACUCAAGAGAGGCCAUCUGUCCCUUGAGAGGCUGUUGACCAAAAGAGGCUGAAGAAGGAUGUGGAGCCCAGCUGCAGCGGGACCAGCCUGGGGCCUGAUGAGAGCUUGGCCCAGAACCCCCAAGUUCAUCAUUCACAAUGAUGCCUCAGAAACCCUCCCAGAGCCCCUCCACCCUCCGACGGAUGUCACCCUGAAGCCAGCCGCAGAAGCUGUGCGGGGCGAGCACAGCGACACCAGCCCUCUGUCCCUCAGCUGAGUCAUCCUGUCAGCACUGGGGGCCCAAGAUCUCCUCGACUGCUGCACUCCUACUGCUUCUGCUCCCUGGGGAACAGGAGCACGGGUGCCGCCUGCGGGAGCAGGUGGAGAAGAACGGCGAGCUGAAGAGGGGCAGCCGCCGACAGCCAGGUGCACAAGCUGCAGGAGGAGCUGUACGAGCUGAAGGGAGGGGCUCCCUGCUUUAGCAGCCUGCUGCCCCCCGCCGAGAUUCUGUACAACAGAACAGCCGGGCCAGUGGCCUGCAAGUUCCAGAGUUUGAGAGGUUUGCCCUCCAGAAAGCCGGUGGUGAUUGGCCUUCUCACAGGACGUGGUACACUGUCCCUGAGCCCGCUCUAACUCGCCAGUUGCAGAGCUCCAGCCAGCAGCAGAAGCAGAGCAGUGGGCAGUGGUGAAGGUAGAGCUGGCUCCAGCUUCCUUGACACCACCCUCUCUAGCACUGGAGCCAGUGUCCCCUCCACCAGCAGUGUUGGAGCUGGAGCAAGGGCCGACAUCGGCUGCAGCAGGAGUGGGAGCUGCUGAGCUGGAGUCACCUGGACCAUCAUUUCUAGUGGGAAGUCCAUCUCCACCUGUGGCUAAGAAGCAUGAGAAGAAGCCCAACCUACGGCCUUCCCUCCUAAGCUGGUGGUGGAGCAGUUGACCGUGAUGGAUGCGGAGCCCUUCCAGAAGGUGGUGCCCUCUCAGUGUCUGGGCUCCACCUGGGGCAAGAGGAACAAGCCCGGCAGUGAGCACCUGGCACACACCGUCCAGGCCAAUAUCGACCACUUCAGAAGGGUGGCCAACCUCGUCAUCACCACCUGCCUUGGGGUCCCGAGCAUGAUGGCCCAGGACAGGGUGAGGGUGGUGGAGCGCUGGAUCCAGGUGGCCCAGGAGUGCGAGAUCCUGAAGAACUUCUCCUCGCCCCGCACUGUCAUCUCUUCUCUGCAGAAAACAUCCAUAUGCCACCUGAAGAACACAUGGAGGAAGUUUCCUGGAGGGGCCCUCCACGUUUGCCCCCCGGAGGGCAACCCCCAGAGAGUGCAGGAGAAGCAGCAGCAGCAGCAGGGGAAUGAGAUCAACCUUGAGAAGAGGACUGAGGAGCAGCUGUGGCACUCCUUGCAGGGGAGGGGAAGGAGGUGGAAAUCAGAGACCCUUUGGGGAGAACAGUUUCUGGCUCCACCCCUUGUAUCUUACAUUGAGUGGAAGAUUUUGGUAGAAGUCGAGACCCAUCCAGUUGGCGCGUGGGUUGAAGGGAGGAUGGCAUCAAGGAAAACUUCUUGGAGGAGGGGCUGAUUAUUCCCAUUCUGAGAACAGAACACCGAGUCAUGAGGGAGAUCCUGCUGCUCCAGGUCGCUGCAAAGAAUUAUAAAAAGACCCCAAGGAGUGAUUUGGGGCCUGGUUCCAGGACAUGGAGCUGCUCAACGAGAAUGAGUCAAACACCAAGGGUAGAGGUCAUCAAAAGAUCAAGUCUAAUCUACCUACGGGUGUGGCAGCCUUAACUAUGGAUGUUCAAGCCAGACAUUGCCAGAAGAACUACAUCUCUUCACCCAUAGAAGAUGCAACCUACAGCUGAAGAGAAACAGAUACAACACCAAUAUCUUAUCCUCUCUGAAGCCAAACUGAGAGCCCCUGGAGUCAGAAGUUUCCAAGAAAAGAAAAAGUCAUCCAUCUUCGGAAGAGAGACAGUAGAG